UCAUCACGUGAUGCGGAGACGGAAGAAAAAAAAGCAAAAGCGCCGUAGCAAAAAAUUCAAGUUCCCGCAGGUUCGCCAAUCAAGAAAUCUCCACCAACCAAGCUGCUUAAGGACGACUUCACAAACAGAAGAAUCCUGUAGCCAAGAUGCCGGCCCCCGUCGUGGAUACCGCAAAAGACAUCACGAAGAAGCGCAAGAGAAAGCACGGUGGAAGCGCUCGCGCGACCGAGAACGGCGAAAAUGGAGCAGAGACCAAGCCAAAGACUAAGUCGACUAAGGACAAGGAUCUCAAGCUUGCUAAGAAGGUCGUGAAGGAGGAGGCGCUCAAGAAGCGGAAACUGAGCCCCUCGCCCAUUGGGGAGGAAAGUGGAAGUGAAGAGGAAGAGCAGGAGCAGGAUGCUGUUUCCGAGGAGAAGGGUGCUGAAGAUGAGUCUGAGGGAGAGGGGGAGAAGGCGCCCGAACUUCCUUCCGUGGAUGCGGUCAGCUUGCCGCAGCCGGAUGGUGGUCCCAAGAAGUUCACGGAGUUGAAUCUCUCCGAGAAAACGCUUCAGGGGAUCAAGGAUAUGGGAUUCGAGACGAUGACGGAGAUCCAACAGCGGACAAUUCCUCCCCUCCUUGCCGGCCGUGAUGUUCUCGGUGCUGCGAAGACUGGAUCAGGGAAGACAUUGGCUUUCUUGAUCCCUGCUAUUGAGAUGCUCAGUGCGUUGCGAUUCAAGCCUAGAAAUGGUACCGGUGUUCUUGUGGUGUCCCCCACGCGCGAGCUGGCACUUCAAAUCUUCGGCGUGGCCAGAGAACUCCUCGCGGGACACAGCCAAACGUAUGGUAUUGUCAUUGGAGGCGCGAACCGACGCGCGGAAGCGGAGAAGCUCACCAAGGGUGUCAACCUACUCAUUGCCACACCUGGUCGUUUACUCGAUCACUUGCAAAAUACCCCCGGCUUUGUGUUCAAGAACCUGAAGACCCUUGUUAUCGAUGAAGCGGACCGAAUUCUGGAAGUUGGUUUCGAGGACGAGAUGCGCCAGAUCAUCAAGAUCCUUCCCUCCGAAGAUAGACAGACUAUGCUGUUUUCUGCGACACAGACCACCAAGGUUGAGGAUUUGGCGCGGAUAUCGCUCCGACCUGGACCUCUGUACAUCAACGUGGACCACAGGAAGGAGCACAGUACGGUGGAGGGUUUGGAGCAGGGAUACGUCGUUUGUGAGGCUGACAAGCGGUUCCUACUGCUUUUCUCAUUUCUGAAGCGCAACCUCAAGAAGAAGAUCAUUGUUUUCUUCUCCAGCUGCAACUGUGUGAAAUACCACGCCGAACUUCUCAACUACAUCGACCUGCCAGUUCUGGAUCUGCAUGGAAAGCAGAAGCAGCAAAAACGUACCAAUACUUUCUUCGAAUUCUGCAACGCCAAGCAGGGAGUUCUCAUCUGCACGGAUGUUGCCGCGAGAGGCUUAGAUAUUCCCGCUGUUGAUUGGAUCAUCCAGUUCGACCCUCCGGAUGACACUCGUGACUACAUUCACCGAGUCGGACGUACGGCGCGCGGUGCCGAGGGCAAAGGUCGCAGCUUGAUGUUCCUCCAGCCGUCCGAAGUCGGGUUCCUGAAGCAUCUCAAGGAAGCGCGAGUGCCAGUCGUGGAGUUUGAUUUCCCAGCCAAGAAGAUUGUCAACGUGCAGUCUCAACUGGAAAAGCUGAUUAGUCAAAACUACUACCUCAACAAGUCCGCCAAAGAAGGUUACCGUUCUUACAUCCAAGCUUAUGCAUCGCACUCGUUACGCUCCGUCUUCGACGUCCACAAGCUGGAUCUUAUCAAGGUGGCCAAGGGCUUCGGUUUCUCUGCGCCGCCUCGUAUCGAUAUCCAACUUGGGUCGAGUCUUAGCCGAGACAAGAAGCAGCAGCAGCAGGGACGACGCAGUUACGGCAGCCAGUCAAAGGGCGGGUUGAAGUUCAAGAGGAAGCACGAGGAUGAUUAAUUCUGUCGGUUUUGAAAAGUCAAGAGUACAUACGUCUUUUUACCUAGGUAUGCUUUGUGAUUAGCAUAAGGUUCGGAGUUAACUGUGCUUGUUUUGUUUGUUUUACAUAGCUUUGCGCUAUACAAUGCCGCGGUGUUGGAUUUCAUAUUUAUAUUUAUUUACUCAAAAAGUUUCUAAUUACUUCAGAGCUACCCUGACUAAGAUUUACCGGGGAGAAAAUUAACUCAGCCAGAACAGUCGGCUGAGCAACGUUGUAAAAAAAUAGAUAAAUAAGGCUGGUUCGCGUGUUCGACGAUGAAACCUGAAGAAAGCGCGAGAACGCAAGGGCGUUGCGAAGGGAUAACCGAAG